AUCAGGAACCAGCAGCCCACCAGCCAAAUCAAAUAGCCAUUCUAUAUCAUGGCUAAAGGCAAGGGAAAGCAGUCCACUGGGGCAAACUCGGUCCCGGUCAAAGGUAGUGCCAUCAAAGAGGCUCCCAAAGCCGACACUGAGGCAGACACUUUCCCUCAAAUUGAGGAGAGCGCUUUUGCGGGUCUCCGCCAAAAGAUCGAGCAGAGGCUGAAGGACGGGGCGAACAAGCAAAAUUCCAAGACUAACAAGUCCAAACCGGCUCCUGUCGAAGAUGCGAAGAAGCCUAAGCAAAGUCCUGCGAAAUCCGAUGCGAAAUCGAAAUCUGGCUCCGACAAGAACAAUCAAGGCAAGAAGCGCGAUCGCAACGGCGAUGUGAUUGCUAGGGAUGAGAAGAAACAGGACAAGUCGCAGAAUCCGGCGAAUAAGGACGGUUACGAUACUCUCAGGCAGGAAAUUCUGGCUCUCGGAGGGACAGAGGAGGAUUUUGAAAUGCUUGCGGGAGUCGACUCGGAAGAAGAGGAUGCAGACACUUCCGAGAAGUCAAAAGGAAAUUCAGACGAUGCAUCGCUGCGGAAGGAAUUGUCCAGCAUCUUGGCUGCCGCUGGCCAAUUCGUGCCCGAUGACCUCGAAGAUGAGGACGUUGAAGAGGAGGUGGACGGCGAGGAAGAUGACGAGGAAGUAGAGGAAGAUGAGGAUGAGGAAAAGGAAUCCGAAGAGGCUGCUGAGUCCGACGAGCCUAGCUCAGAGAGCGAAUUAGCUGAGGAACCCUCGAAAAAGGAACCGAAGCAGCCGGCGAAAAAGGAGGUUAAACAAUCAGAACCCGAAGUGGUCUUCCCGAAAGAAUUCUCAAAGCUUGUGAGUACAGUCAAGCUCACCAUUGAGUCCGAUACUAAUUGAUAUAGACCGUCCGACCCAGAUCCGAUUGGUUCAUGACUGAGCUUCCUCCUGUUUCCUCCAAACAAACUACCGGACUUCCCCGACAUCUAGUGGAUCGCGUCUACAACCAUGCGGUUUCGCUCCUCGAGAAAGAGAACAAGAUGUAUGCGGACGCUCAGCAAGCCUCGGCAUCCUCCUCGUACAAGUUCUACAGCACGAUCAUGACCACCGGUACUCUCAGUGAUAAGAUUUCGGCUUUGACGCUGGCCGUACAAGAGUCGCCUUUGCAUAAUACAAAGUCGCUGGAGAACCUGAUUGCUCUUGGAAAGAAGCGCAGUCGUGCGCAGGCGGUGGAAGUCCUUCGCUCGCUGAAGGAUAUGUUUGGCCAGGGUACACUACUUCCGGGUGAUAGGCGACUUCGCUCCUUCGCGAACCAGCCGUGUCUGGUUGCUGCUUUCCAGGAUGUCGGAAGAUGGUCUGAGGGGUCUCCUCUCCCAGGUGGUCUCCAGAACAGCCAUCUGAUAUUAUGGGCCUACGAGCACUUCCUCAAGGAGCAGUACUUUGAGGUCCUCAAGAUUCUCGAGGUGUGGUGUAACGACGAGAUUGAGUUCUCCCGUUCCAGAGCAGUCAGUUAUGUCUACGAACUCCUCAAGGAGAAGCCCGAGCAGGAAGCCAACUUGCUCCGACUACUAGUCAACAAGCUCGGCGACACAUCCAAGAAGAUUGCUUCGCGGGCGUCUUACCUGCUCUUGCAGCUAGAACAAGCGCAUCCUCUGAUGAAGCCGACGAUUGUCAAGUCGGUGGAAGAAGUGCUGUUCCGGCCGGGGCAGAGCCAGCACGCCAAGUACUACUCGAUCAUCACCUUGAACCAAACCGUUCUGAGCAUUAGGGAGGAGGAAGUUGGCGUUCAGUUGCUCGACAUCUACUUUGCUCUUUUCGUCUCGUUGCUGAAGCCUAACAAGAAUCAAAAGUUCAAGGGAGACAAGAAGCACAGCAAGGGCAAGAAUCAAAAGGGGAAGAACCAAAAACAAAACGACAACUCCGAAGUUCAAACCGAGGAAAUGCAGGACAAGCUGGUCUCCGCGGUUUUGACUGGUGUGAACCGAGCUUAUCCUUUCACAAGCUCAAACACUGAGAGGCUCUCGAAGCAUAUUGAAACACUAUUCCGCAUCACCCAUUCGUCAAACUUCAACACCAGCAUUCAAGCUCUUAUGUUAAUCCAGCAAAUAACGUCAACUCACCAGGUAUCCUCCGAUCGCUUCUACAGAACUCUUUACGAAUCUCUCCUCGAUCCUCGUGUGGCCACGUCGUCCAAGCAGUCUCUUUACCUCAACCUGUUGUUCAAGGCAUUGAAGAACGACGUAAACAUUCGACGUAUCAAGGCGUUUGUGAAGCGUAUUGUGCAGGUCCUUGGGUUACACCAACCGUCCUUCAUUUGUGGUGUCUUUUACCUGAUUCGGGAACUUGAGAAGACUUUCAGAGGCCUACGGUCCCUGUAUGACCAGCCGGAAGACAACGAAAGCGACGACGAAGAAGUGUUCAGAGAUGUCCCUGAUGAGGAUGACGAGAAUCAGGAACAAGCUCCGGUUCCUGAGGAGAAGCCGCGCAAACCGCUCAACGGCUACGAUCCUCGCAAACGCGAUCCAGAGCACAGCAAUGCCGAUAAGACUUGUCUCUGGGAAAUACUACCUUACCUGUCCCACUUCCACCCCUCCGUGUCCGUUAACGCGGAGCAUCUGCUUGAGAACCGAACGAUGAGCGGAAAGCCCGAUAUGACGAUACACACCUUGACUCACUUCUUGGACCGAUUUGUCUACAGAACACCCAAGGCCUCAGCCGGUACGCGUGGAUCUUCGCUCAUGCAGCCGCUUGCUGGUAGCGAUGCGAAGGACCGGUUGGUAACAGCCGGUAAGCACGCCCAGGCACUGCCGCUCAACUCGGAGGCAUUCUGGAAGAAGAAGGCAGAAGACGUUUCCGCAGAGGAUGUCUUCUUCCACGAAUACUUCAGCCGCCUUGGCAAGGACAAGGAGAAGGCUCAUAAGAAGAAGACUAAGAAGGAUAUUGUCGAACGUGAUGAAGAGGGUGACGAGGAUCUCAGCGAUGCCGAGUCAGAGAUCUGGAAGGCCCUGGUUGAUUCACGGCCAGAGCUCGACGGCGCGGAAAGUGACGACGACCUCGACCUGGAUGACCUCGAGUCGGCAUACGAUCAAUCCGAUGAAGCAGAGGGUGAUGAUGACGAGGUCAUAUUCAACGACGAAUCCGACGAGGAGAUGGAGGAUCUCGAGGACGAAUUCGAAGAGGAGGUCGAGAAGCCAGCUGCCAAGUCGAAGAAAUCCAAGAGCAAGGAAGACGAGUUCGACGAGGAAGACCCCUUCGACAUGGAUGUUUCAGACGAAGAAGCCUUCGUCGGCAGCGACGAAGAGCUCCCGUCAGAUGUGGAACUUGGUGGAGUGGAGCUCCCCAAGGACGACGACAAGAGCGAUCGAAAGAAGAGACGCAAGCUCAAGCACCUGCCGACAUUUGCAUCGGUGGACGACUAUGCGGCUUUGCUUGCUGGGGAGGACGAAGGGAUGUAAUAGACAGACUAUAUCCGAGGCCAUGCCUGCACAUACAUACAAAACAUUUUCAGGGUCGUUCCAAAUUACUCCUUGUAGAAAGUUGCCCUGCAUAUCUAGUUGCCUGAACUUAACCCCUUACUUGACCUGAAACUUAGCGAUUCCCACGAGGCAUGAAGAUGCACCGUUGAGUUUAGCUUGGGGAGGCGUGGAGACUGUCCGGAAUCGAGCGUAGCGUAACUCUGGCGGCGGCGCCUCAGACAACGUUCGCCCACUUGGUAAGAUUUCCUCCACCUUGUGUGGGCGAAGAACUUGGG